GGCGUUCAAACGGUGCGGUCGAUGUGUAUUGAAUUUAUGUGCUAGUUUUCAACGUUGUUACCAUCCACAAUUGUACUACUUGCAUUUACAUUUUCCACACCAUACCACUGCUCGGCACUAGCAGUGCAAUCGAAAUAACAGUGCAAAGUGCGAACAUAACUACGAAAAGAAAUGCUGUCAUAUGCAUACGCAGCGGUGGGACUGCUGCUCCAGCUUUUUUCACGAGGAUGUCGUCUAGUGAGGCGUGAAUUUCACAUAAGAAUGAGCUGGAUCAUAAGGAAAGCACUGCGCGGAGCUAUGCACGUGUUCAGCUGGUUUGUUAUACCGUAUUCGUACAUGGUAAGCGCUCGGAUACGUCACAAGCCACUGCCUCCCAUCGAUAACCCGCUGCUCCAGAUCCCGGCUGUCACGCUGGCAGCCAAAAUUCGAACGGGACAACUCAAAAGUGAGAGCGUCGUUAGUGCUUACAUCGAACGCUGCCGGCAGGUCAAUCCGAUUCUGAACGCAAUUGUCGAGGAUCGGUUCGAACAGGCUCUGGAUGAGGCAAGACGAAUCGAUCGAGAAGUGGCCGAAGGGUUGAAAAGCGCGGCCGAGAUAGCGGAGGAAACGCCUAUUCUGGGAAUUCCGGUCACCAUAAAAGAGAGUCUUGCUGUUAAAGGGAUGAGCAACACAGGCGGUCGAAAAUUAAAGAACAAGCGUAUUGCACAGCAUGAUUCUCCAGUGGUGGAGCAGAUCAAGAAAAAUGGAGGAAUCAUACUGCUUGUCAGCAACACUCCGGAGCUGUGUAUGUGUUGGGAAACCUAUAAUAAAUGCACUGGUAUCACAAAAAAUCCACACAACUUGCAGCGAACCGCCGGAGGAUCGUCAGGAGGAGAAGCGGCACUAAUUAGCUCAGCAGCUUCUCUGCUCGGUGUAACUACCGAUAUCGCUGGUUCUUCCCGACUUCCAGCUGCUUUUGUAGGUGUGUUCGGUCACAAACCUUCUCCAUUCCUGGUUUCUCCGUAUGGUCACAAUCCCUCGUGUGAGGAUGAAUCGUGGGGAGAUUUCUUCACUCCCGGGGCCAUGUGUCGGUAUGCUGACGAUCUUCCACUACUACUCAAAGCAAUGCGUGAUCCCAACGGUAAACCGUACCAUCUAGAUGCUCCAGUGAACCUAACAGAAUUGAAGUAUUAUUUCAUGGAGAAUGACGGUCCUUCUGGACUCACUGAACCAAUCCAAGCAGAUAUCGUGGCAGCCAUAAAAAAUGUUGCGAACCACUUCAAUGCCGAAAAAGUAUCACUUAAACGCUUAAUUUGGUCUUUGGAUAUUUCUGUGUGUAAAAUGCUUCGUAUGAGGGACAUCGAGACAAUUUACACCCCACAGAAGGAUGGUCAGCCAAACACCACUGUUGGAAAGGAACUACUUAAAUACAUCUGCGGCUGUUCGGAUUCUGACUUGCCGUCAGUGGUGAUAGGCCCCAUGCAACACGUCGUCCAGAAUUACAUCCCCAGUACGAGACUAAACUUUCUGGAUGAGCAGAUCGAACUGCUCCGGAAAGAUUUCAUCGAUCUGCUCGGAACAAAUGGAGUGUUCAUCUAUCCCAUAUUCCCGAAUACUGCCCAUCGGCACUUUGAGAUUUACCAUAAGUUGGUAGACACGAGCUACAUGAUGGUGUUCAAUACAUUAGGACUUCCGGCGGCUUCGUGUAUGGUAGGAUUGGAUCGAAAUAAGUUGCCUAUAGCAGUGCAGAUCGUUGCCAGUCCCGGCCAGGAUCAUUUGAUUUUUGCAGUAGCUGCGGAAUUAGAACGGAAAUAUGGUGGAUGGGUGCCCCCGCCAUCAGAAAACAAGUAGAUGAAAAUGGCUGGGUUGAACCAAAUUGAGGUUUACAAUUUGAGGGAAUUGCAACCGUGUAAAAAUAAUGACUAUUUUGAUUCAUUUUAACAAAUCAUUAUAAUUAUUGAUGUUUGACUUAAUUAAAAAAAAUUGAAUAUAACUUUUAUUUGUUCAA